GCGGGCUCGCACCAAGAUGGCGGCGCCGCUGGAAGAGUACGAGAAAGAAGCGGGCUGCGUCCCCAUCCUGCACCCGGAGGAAAUCAAACCUCAAAGCCAUUACAACCAUGGAUACAGUGAAUCUCUUGGACGGAAAAGCCACAUUGAUGAUUACAGCACUUGGGACAUUGUCAAAGCUACACAGUACGGAAUAUAUGAACGAUGUAGAGAGUUGGUGGAAGCAGGUUAUGAUGUACGACAACCAGACAAAGAAAAUGUAACGCUUCUCCACUGGGCUGCAAUCAACAACAGAAUAGAUCUGGUGAAAUACUAUAUAUCAAAAGGUGCUAUUGUUGAUCAGCUGGGAGGAGAUUUAAAUUCUACCCCACUUCACUGGGCAACAAGACAGGGACACUUAUCCAUGGUUGUACAGCUGAUGAAAUAUGGGGCAGAUCCGUCGCUAAUUGAUGGAGAAGGAUGUAGCUGUAUUCAUUUGGCUGCCCAGUUUGGACAUACUUCAAUUGUUGCUUACCUGAUAGCAAAGGGACAGGAUGUAGAUAUGAUGGACCAAAAUGGAAUGACACCUUUAAUGUGGGCAGCUUACAGAACACAUAGUGUGGAUCCGACCCGAUUGCUACUUACAUUUAAUGUUUCUGUUAAUCUUGGCGACAAAUACCACAAAAACACAGCACUGCACUGGGCUGUGCUAGCAGGAAAUACUACGGUUAUUAGUCUACUGUUGGAAGCUGGAGCUAAUGUUGAUGCUCAAAAUAUAAAGGGAGAAUCACCACUUGAUCUAGCAAAACAGAGGAAAAACGUUUGGAUGAUCAAUCACCUACAGGAAGCAAGACAGGCAAAGGGAUAUGACAGUCCGUCUUUUCUGAGAAAAUUAAAAGCUGAUAAGGAAUUCCGUCAGAAGGUGAUGCUGGGAACUCCCUUCCUAGUAAUUUGGCUGGUUGGGUUUAUAGCAGACCUAGACAUUGAUUCUUGGCUCAUUAAAGGGCUGAUGUAUGGUGGAGUUUGGGCUAUGGUGCAAUUUCUUUCAAAGUCAUUCUUUGAUCACUCCAUGCACAGUGCACUGCCUCUUGGAAUAUACUUGGCAACAAAAUUCUGGAUGUAUGUGACGUGGUUCUUCUGGUUUUGGAAUGAUCUCAAUUUUUUCUUUAUACAUCUUCCAUUCCUCGCUAAUAGUGUUGCUCUUUUCUACAAUUUUGGAAAAUCCUGGAAAUCUGAUCCAGGAAUCAUCAAAGCCACAGAAGAACAAAAGAAAAAGACAAUAGUAGAACUUGCAGAGACAGGAAGUCUGGACCUCAGUAUAUUCUGCAGUACCUGCUUGAUACGGAAGCCUGUGAGGUCCAAACACUGUGGGGUAUGCAAUCGAUGUAUAGCCAAGUUCGAUCACCACUGCCCGUGGGUGGGUAACUGUGUAGGAGCAGGGAACCAUCGCUAUUUUAUGGGAUACCUGUUCUUCCUGCUUUUCAUGAUCUGCUGGAUGAUUUAUGGAUGUAUCUCUUACUGGGGUUUCCACUGUGAGACAAGUUAUGCAAAGGAUGGAUUUUGGACCUAUAUUACACAGAUUGCUACCUGUUCUCCAUGGAUGUUUUGGAUGUUUCUAAACAGUGUUUUCCACUUCAUGUGGGUGGCUGUAUUACUCAUGUGUCAGAUGUAUCAGAUAUCUUGCUUGGGCAUCACAACAAAUGAAAGAAUGAAUGCAAGAAGAUACAAGCACUUUAAAGUUACAACCACAUCUAUUGAAAGCCCAUUCAACCACGGAUGUAUAAGGAACAUUAUAGACUUCUUUGAAUUUAGAUGCUGUGGUCUUUUUCGGCCUGUUAUCGUGGACUGGACGAGGCAGUAUACAAUAGAAUAUGACCAGACUUCAGGAUCAGGCUACCAGCUAGUGUAGCACCACCUUCAUCCUGUGAGCAUAUCAUGUCUGAGUGGUGCCUGAAAAAUGUUCUCUCUCUCUCUCUCGAAUCCGCAUCCCUUGAAGAGUAGCAUGCUAUGUGUAGGGCUGAUGAUGAAUCAUAAGGUACCUUCUCUUCAUCAGAAUUUUCUUAACAAAAGUGAAAACGGACAGAAUAAACUGCCAAACCUGAUAAGGAAGAGGAGGAAGAUCGAAAAGGGAUUUUAACAGUUCUUAACAUGAGAAUUAUUCGUGACGGCAUAUUCACAGUAUUUGUUGUUGGGUUUUUCUUUAUUUAAGGUCUUUCACAAUGGAGCAUGAGAUUAUUGAAGUAUUGACAUAAGUAGUUACGUUGUGCUGAGCAGAAAAAUUUCUUUCCCAACAUGAAUAAUUCCACUGAAACGAGGAUUUAGAAUAUACAAUAAAUUUCAUGACGCGGAGUUCACUGAUCGCUAUGUCGUAGUUCCUGUAAUGUGGUUUUUUAAAUACGGAUUUUCCUGUAGUGUUAUGUGCAUUGAAGGUGUGGUUUUCAGUACCGUUACGAACAUCAUGUGGUGGGAAUCCCCUGUAACGUGUUAAGUUUUUAGCAGUAGGGCACGUCAGCUAAUGUUCAGAAUAAAAAUACGUUGCCCACAUUUUUGGUGAUUCUUUUGCCAUCAGUUAGUGGUACAGCUAAAUAUUUGUGAUAACCCUGUUCUGAGACGAUCUAGGCUGAAACAAACAAUUGCACAAAUAAGGAAAGAUCUUCUGUCAAAGUUAAAAGUCCUGCUAAAGUGCAUGAUACACCUGUAAAACUAGAGUACAGUAUAAAAUGUUCAGACAAAAAGAGGUUUAUGUUCAAAGUAAACGUAUACGCAACUUACAGACUAGCAAUGCUUCAAUAUUAGGUUGUUCCUCGUACAGUACGGUACAGUAGAGUGUAAUUGGAGACACGUUGGAAGAGAAAUUGCAUGGGGAAAACCACAGAUGUGAACACUGAAAUCUGAAUUAUAAAAAGACAAGACAGUUUUGAAUUGAAUGCAACUGCAGAAGAGACCAAAGUUGCCUGAAACGCUUGUUUUGUUUGGAUGUGAAAUAACAGAAACUGAGCUUCUCUGACAAAGAAAACCCGAGUCCCCGUAGUAGCACACACACGCAGAAAAUGUCACGCGGCGUCCUGAAGAAGGUGGCAUAUUGGCACGUGGAAAUCACCCUUAAUUUCUUUGUUUUUAUGUUCUCAUGCUACAGAUAUGUUUGGAAGGUAAGGAAUGAUCUGAAAUUGCAUUCCAAGGGGGCUUUUCUCGAAUGCGAUGCACUGAUUUUUGUUAACGGUGUUUUCAUAUACUCUUAGUGAAUUGUUCACUGCUUCCUUAACUAUUGUUUACAGAGAGACUGAGAAUCAGGUUAGUUCUCUUCUAAGUGCUGUAGCAACCCAGUGGUUCAAGAAACCUGUGAGGGGAGUUUUGGGGAGAGACCUGAAAGCAGAUGUCUGAGACCAGUGUAAAGAAUGUGUAUCUGUAUAUAAAUAAUUUAUCAAAUAGUUUUCUCUCUGUGAAUGUGUGUUUAGUGUAUUUAAAGCUGCUCAUUUUCAUUUUACUCAACCAAAAAAGUGUAGGAAGAUAUCUAAUGAGCUUUUAGUGAUGUUCAAUAUUGCUGUUAAUAGGCAUUAUGCCCUGCAAAUUCACUGCAUGUUUGAUGCUUGGCAAAAUUAGCGUUUUCUGUAAUACGCAGAUUACAGGUAAUAAAGCAACCUAGUGGUAUUCCCAGCCCUUGCCUUAGUGAGAGGAGCAGUGAAACUGUAAAUAGUUGAUGUUCAGUAUUUGCAAGUAAACAUUUUUUUCCUGUAGUUGUUCAUUGAUCUCAAGACACAAUGCUUAGUUUGCAAGUACCAGAUAUCAGGAUUUACAGAAGUUCAGCAUUAGAGUACUUGAAUGUUUAAUACUGGAAAACUCAACAUCGUCUUGGACGCAGUUUUGAUGGGAGGGGUUUGGGUGUAAGGGUGGCAAGAAGCUUUUGCUGGUUUUGUCAGACAAAAUUUGUGCUCCUAACAAAGAUACGUUCAUUUUCAGUGAAAGCAGUUGACAUCAGUUGUUCGUAAUUUUUUCUGUUCAGAAAGAAAAAGCAUGAAGACUUCACAAUGAUGUUUAUUUUAAUCACCAGGAAUGUUCUGCAUAUUCAUUCUUUUGGGGGUUUUGUGGGGUUUUUUUCACAUUUCUGUUGGAGGUCAGUCAACAUGAAGAACUUUGAUCCAUUUUAUUAAAUACCACCCAGCACCAGAAGAGCGGUUCAGUACACAAUACGAGUUUUGGUUUUAGUUGCCCAGUAGCUUAAACUGCCAUGAAUUGUGUCAUGCAGUCCUUGUCAAAAAUGUUUGGAAAACGAGAGGUGAUCUCUGGGUAGUGUUCAGGGAGUUCUGCGCCAUUUACUUGUGAGUAGCUCUCUGGUGGCAGUUUUGUUGAGACCCUCAGAAUCUGAGCGAUAGUAGGUAGUUGUGAGAAUUAGCUUGCAUUUAUGGAUUUGGGAUGUACGAAGUUUCCAGUGCAAAAUGUAACUUGUCUUGAGUAACACUGAAUUGUUUGAUAUGAAAUCAUGAAAUCAAGCAGGGGGGAGCCAACUAUGCAGCACUUUUCUGUCAAGUUAUCAAACUUACAAUUCACUUGUUGAACCAAAACUGCAUUUGCAUUGCUUCUGAAACUUAACAGAGCUGAUCCAGACCAACAGCAGCAGAUCAGACCAACUUAAUCUGGCAUAGGUAGAAUAAAUGGGAAUUUUGUCUUGGCCCUAAACAUGUGCUGUUUCUUUGCAGGUUUCUGUAUUCUUUGAUGUCCACCAGGUGUUUUUUUUUUUUUCAAUUAAUGUGUAAAACAGCAUCACUACAUUUUAAGCUAUGGAAUUUUUUUGUAUAUUCUUUAUUUAUAACUGUGCCAAGUAUUAUUUUAAUACUGUCAAGAUCUUGAUGUAUUACAUGGUGAACAAAAAAAAUCUGUAAAAUGUUUAAUAA